CUUGGAGUUGUGCUACAGGGAAGUGGCUUCAGCCUGAAAACAAACUGGUUGCCUGUUUGCUGGUCAUAGAGGGGAAGAAACUAAUGUAAAUGCAGGUGACCAUGCAGAAUGCAGUUCAGGUGUGGUUUGGAGAUGAUCUUCCCUUAAGUCCCCGAAGUCCUCUGACUCCCAGGCACGGGCCGGGUUUGGCAGAUGUCUGCCUGUAUGACCAGUGGAUAUCUGUGCGCCAUGAAGCAACUUUGGUGCCUAUGCAAGAAGAUCUGUCCAUUUGGCUGUCUGGCUUGCUGGAAAUGGAAGUCAAAGCAGAACAAUUGCUAGAAGAACUUGAUAAUGGGGUAUUACUCUGCCAAUUGGUUGGUGUUCUUCAAAACACAAUUAAAAAGUGUUGUAGCUCAAAUAACUUAAGGAAUUUUCCUAUGAGAAAAGUUCCAUGUAAGAAGGAUGCCCCAUCAGGAUCUUUUUUUGCCAGAGAUAAUACAGCCAACUUUCUGAACUGGUGUAGGGCUAUUGGAGUUGAAGAGACUUAUCUAUUUGAAUCUGAAGGUUUAGUUUUACACAAGGAUCCAAGACAAGUGUAUCUUUGUCUGUUGGAAAUCGGACGCAUUGUAUCCAAGUAUGGAGUUGAACCUCCUGUACUUGUAAAACUAGAGAAGGAAAUUGAGCUAGAAGAAACCCUGCUGAUGACCUCUGGGCCACCAUCACCAGUUAGCACAGCAAAGUCAUGUUGUCACCAUGGGGAGCUACACGAGGCAGUAAAACAUAUUGCAGAAGAUCCUCCCUGCAGUUGUUCCCAUCGGUUUUCAAUUGAAUACUUAUCGGAGGGACGUUAUAGACUGGGAGAUAAAAUACUCUUCAUCAGAAUGCUACAUGGCAAGCAUGUGAUGGUACGUGUUGGUGGAGGCUGGGACACGCUUCAAGGUUUUCUGCUCAAAUAUGAUCCAUGCCGAGUGCUUCAGUUUGCAACUCUGGAACAAAAAAUCCUGGCCUUUCAGAAAGGGGUCACCAGUGACAGCAUCCCUAACUCAUCAGCUAGGAAUCAGGAGCCUCCUGUUAUGAAUCCAAUGUCAGCUGUCAAUAUGUUUCAAAAGCAGCCAUCAAAAGUCUCUACUCCUGUUUUAGCUCCUGGGGCCGGUGCCAAGAAGGCUUCAUCUAAACAUCCUCAGUCCCCUGCCCUGACAUCACCAAGAGUGCCAGUGCCCCCAUCUUCCACAGCCAAGUCAUCAACAGUCAGGUCCAAAUUACAAGGGUCUUCAGCGACAGGUGUGCGAUCUCCUUUCAAACCAUUAGCUGGCACCUCAAAGAAACUGGAGUCUCCUGCGUGCAGCUCACCAGCUUCUGUUCCUUCACAACCUGUAAGCAAAAGUUCUUCAUGUACAGGAACAAGAACAGCUCCAGUUCCCCCCGAAACCAUGCGCAAACGGAUUUGGUCCCCCGAUGCUCCCAAGGUGAAAUCUGCCCUUCCUCGAGGCUCCCCAGCACCAGCGCUCCAUCCUACCCUGUCAUCCUCCAAAAAACAGCCGUCUCAUCUGUCUGAGACAGCUGAAAUGAAGGCUUCAAAACAGAAGCGUGUCCCUGCUAAAUGCAAGCCUGUAUCUGUCACUAAAACCAAAGCGAAUACAGUCACUCCAAGGGCUGCUCGGCCGCCUGUGACAAAUCUGCGUGCUGUUGCGAAGUUUGCACAUUCUCAGCAGCUCCUUGCAAAACCUCCUUCUGAAAAUGCUAUUCAGAUCUCGGGAGCUGUGUCUCAGCAUCCUCAGAAAGCCCCACGAACAGCUUCUGACCUGGCAAGGAAUUUGAAAAGUGCUUCGGUCCUCUCUGCUUCUGCACCUUCCCUUGCAGUUAGCAAAGCGUCAAAGUCACCACCUUCAUUGAUACCUACAAGCAAAAAUGUAUCCUCAGCUGUCAGUAAACAGCCAAAUAUCAGUAAUCCCCCUCUGGUUGGGCCCUCUUUAUCCAAACCUCCUGAACGCACCCCCUUAUCUGUUGUACGACUUCCUCAAACUUCUGCCAAAGUGGCAGUGACCAAAAAGUCAGCACAGCCUUCCACGAAAGGUCAGUCUUCAGCCAAAAACUUGCAAACAAACAAAAGCUUGGCCCUAGCAGCCAAGAAGCCUCUCCCGAAGGAACAAUCAUGUUACAAAGGAAUACCUGGUGUGUCAAAAGUUCCUCUUACGAAGAGUAGGCAAGAUGAUCACUACUUUGUUAUGACAGGGAGUAAAAAGCCCAGAAAGUAAACUUCUUUUGUUCAAAAUAAGUUUAUGAAACACUGAGGACAAGAAAAAAAUGUUAAAUAACACUAUAAUUAACUGAAAUAUUAGGUAUAACUUAACAUUUUGCUGCAUGAUUUACUGUAAGAACUGUGUUUAUUUUGCGGUUAGAAACUUCUAUUUGGAUAUAUUUAAAAAUGAGCUUGCUUGCUGUGUAGCACUGUGGAAUAGAAAAUAUUCCUGACCUGCUGUAAGAAAGGUGGGUGUGCUGGUUUAAAAGUAAACUGGCGGUAGAAAUGAAUCAAAGAGAGAUUACAAGUCAGGGUUACAAUUUACUAAAAAAAGAUUACAAUAAAUUAAAUGAUACAGAGAAAACUGGUUUUCACACCCAACAAACAGCACCCUGGGA